UCACUCCUCCUCCCUCUUCCUCCCAAAUGUCUCCAGUCGCACUCCCCACACAGCGCGCCAUCGUCCUCCACGGUCCACGAGACCUCCGCCCAGAGGAGCGUAGCGUCUGGCCCCCACAACACAACCAUGCCCAGGUCGCCGUCAUGUCCACUGGCCUCUGCGGAAGUGACCUGCACUAUUAUCUCGAGGGUCGCAACGGCGACUUCGCCCUUCAAGCUCCUCUCGUUCUCGGCCACGAGUCUGCUGGAAUCGUCACUGCGGUCGGCCCAGGCGUAAAAAACCUUAUCACCGGUCAGCGCGUCGCUAUUGAGGCUGGCAUCAUGUGCAACCACUGCGACUACUGCAGCAAAGGUCGUUACAACCUUUGCAAAGGCAUGCGCUUCUGCAGCAGUGCCAAAACAUUCCCCCACUCCGAUGGUACCCUUCAAGAUCGCAUGAACCACCCAGCCCACGUCCUUCAUCCACUGCCAGAUAGCUGUUCAUUUGAGCAAGCUGCUCUCGCCGAACCUCUCUCUGUCCUCAUACACGCUUCAUCACGCGCUGGCUUGAAGCCAGGUCAAACCGUCCUCGUGUUUGGGGUGGGUGCUAUCGGCAUCCUCGCUUGUGCACUUGCGAAAUCUUACGGCGCCUCCCGCGUUGUCGCCAUUGACAUCAAUCAAGCACGUCUCGACUUUGCGAAAGCCAAUGGCUUCGCUUCUCAAACGUACUGCCUACCCAUGUCGGACAAGGCAAAAACCUCCGAGGAUCAGCUCAACAGAGCAAAGGAGACCAUACAGCUCGCUCUGCGCGAGUUUGGCGAAGUGGACGGCUUCGAUCUCGUCUUCGAAUGCACCGGCGCGGAACCGUGCAUUCAGAUGUCCAUUCACGCUGCUAUCACGGGCGGCAAAGUCAUGCUUGUCGGGAUGGGAUCACGAAACCUCGUCUUGCCGCUGUCCGCUGCAGCCCUGCGCGAAGUCGAUAUCCAGGGUUCUUUCCGUUACGCCAAUACAUACCCCACUGCUUUGCAGUUGCUCGCUUCAGGCAAAUUAAAAGGCGUCGAAAAAUUAAUUACGCACCGCUUUGCACUCGAAGACACCUCACGAGCUUUCGAGCUUCUAGCUCGUGGAAAAGAUGAAGAUGGAAAUAUGGUACUCAAGGUUAUGAUUAGACCAUCAUGA